AUGUGCAGACACUCUGGAGUCGCUUCAUCAGCGCAAACUGUCCCCUCUGAUAGAGAGGUGUUACCUACCAAUGUGAAGCCAACCCACUAUGACCUUACCUUGGAACCAAAGUUCGAUGGGUUCACUUUUGAUGGUGAAGAAACAAUUGACUUUGAUGUUAAAGAGGAUACCGAUUUCAUUACCUUGAACACUUUGGAAAUCAAAAUUCACGAAGCUACCAUCAACGGUACUAAAAUCACCGAUAUCUCCUACGAUGAUGCCAAACAAAGAGUCACCUUCAAAUCUCCAAAUGAAUUGAAGGCUGGUUCAGAAGCAAAGUUGUACUUGAAGUUCACAGGUGAAUUGAAUGACAAAAUGGCCGGGUUCUACAGAUCUUCUUAUACAGAAGAUGGUAAAACCAAAUAUUUGGCUACCACCCAAAUGGAACCUACUGAUUGUCGUAGAGCCUUCCCCUCUUAUGAUGAGCCUGCUGCUAAGGCUAAGUUCACCAUUCAUUUGAUUGCUGAUAAAGAAUUGGUCUGUUUGUCUAACAUGGAUGUCAAGGAAACUAUGGAUGUUUCUGAUUCUAAAAAGAAAGUAUCUUUCAACACCACCCCAUUGAUGUCAACCUAUUUGGUGGCCUUUGUUGUUGGUGAUUUGAAAUAUGUUGAAGAUCUUUCUUUCAGAGUCCCAAUUAGAGUCUAUGCCACUCCCGGCUCAGAACACUUGGGUAAGUAUGCAGCUGAUAUUGGUGCAAAGACUUUAAAGUUCUUUGAAUCUAAAUUCGAUAUCCCUUACCCAUUACCUAAAUGUGAUAUGGUGGCCAUUCAUGAUUUCUCUGCUGGUGCCAUGGAAAACUUUGGUUUGAUAACUUACAGAACCGUUGACUUGUUAAUUGACACUGCCAACACCAAUGUACACACAAAAACUAGAGUCACUGAGGUUGUCAUGCAUGAAUUGGCCCAUCAAUGGUUUGGUAAUUUGGUUACCAUGGACUUUUGGGAUGGGUUAUGGUUAAACGAAGGUUUUGCCACUUGGAUGUCCUGGUUCGCUUGUGAUUCUUUGUAUCCCGAAUGGAAGGUUUGGGAAUCAUAUGUCUCUGAUUCUUUGCAACAGGCUUUGUCAUUGGAUUCAUUGAGAGCAUCUCACCCCAUUGAAGUCCCUGUCAAGAGAGCUGAUGAAAUCAACCAAAUUUUUGAUGCCAUCUCUUACUCUAAGGGUUCUUCACUUUUAAAGAUGAUUUCUAAAUGGUUGGGUGAAGAUGAUUUUAUCAAGGGUGUCUCCAACUAUUUGAAGAAGCACAAGUGGGGUAAUACUAAAACUUCUGAUUUGUGGGAAUCUUUGAGUGAAGUUAGUGGUAAAGAUGUUGUCAAGGUAAUGGAUAUUUGGACCAAAAAUAUUGGUUAUCCAGUUGUUCAAGUUGAAGAAUUGGGUAGUGGUAAGCUUAAGGUUACUCAAAAUCGUUUCCUAGCUACAGGUGAUGUCAAGCCAGAAGAAGACAAGACUUUAUACCCAGUGUUUUUGAGUUUGAAGACUUCAGAAGGUAUUGAUGACUCUUUGGUUUUGGAUAGCAGGUCAACAACUAUUGAGUUGCCAACUUCCGAUGAUUUCUACAAGAUUAAUGCGAAUCAGUUUGGUAUUUACCGUACUGCUUAUCUGACUGAACGUUGGUCCAAAUUGGGUCGAGCAGGUGUUGAUGGUAAAUUAUCCGUUGAAGACCGAACUGGUUUAGUAGCUGAUGCUGGUUCGCUUGCUUCAUCUGGGUUUAUUUCUACUGUUGCCUUGUUGAACUUGGUGAAAUCAUGGUCAGGUGAAAGCAACCAUGUUGUUUGGGAUGAAAUUUUAACCAGAAUUGCUGCUCUUAAGGCUGCAUUAAUGUUUGAAAGUGAAGAAUUAAACAAUGGUUUGAAGGCUCUUACACUUGAUUUAAUCAGUAACAAAUUGGAAGCCAUUGGAUGGGAAUUUUCAGAUGACGAUUCUUAUGAUGAUCAACAAUUGAAAUCAUUGCUAUUUGGAUCCGCUGCUGCUUCUGAUCACAAGGAAGUUGUUGCCUUUGCUAAGGAUGCCUUUGCAAAGUUUGUUGCUGGAGACAAGAAGGCAGUUAAUCCUAACAUCAGAGCAGCUAUUUUCAACACUGUUGCCAGAACUGGUGACUCUGAAACUUAUGAUCAAUUAUACAAGAUCUACACCAACCCUGAAUCUAUUGAGGAGAAGUUGGAUGCCUUGAGAUCGUUAGGUAGAUUUUCAGACCCUGAGAUUCUUAAUAAAGUCGCUGGCUUAUUAUUACAAACUGAUAUUAUCAAGCCACAAGAUAUCUACAUUCCUAUGCAAGGUAUGAGAACUCACAAGACAGGUGUUGAGAAGUUAUGGGACUGGUUAUUGGUCAACUGGGAUGCAAUUUAUAAAUUGUUACCCCCUGGCUUAUCCAUGUUGGGAUCUGUUGUGAUUAUAUCUACAUCUGGAUUCACCAAGCCCGAACAAAAGAAGGCAGUGGAAGAAUUCUUUGGUACCAAAGAUACUAAAGGAUACGACCAAGGAUUAGCUCAAUCAUUGGAUAUUAUUUCCUCCAAGAUUUCGUGGUCAUCACGUGACUCGGAUGUGAUUGCAAAAUGGUUAUCUGAAAAUGGAUACGACACCAAGUCAAAGCUCUGA